AGGACUCUGUAGCUAACAGAAUACUAGGGAAACUGGAGAGCGCGAUCUGGACACUAUAAUUCUAACCUUUCUGCGACUCCUUCCUCUCUGUCUUUUUCCCCCCUCGACUCUGCAUCUCCCACUACGCAUAAGUAAUUUUCCCUCACUUUUCCUUCAUUUUCCCUCUUUUUUUCUUUCUGGGUAUUCGCAUUCUUCAUUGAUUAUAUUCCAUUUUUCCUAAUUUAUCUUUCCAAUACAUUCAUGUUCCAUUUUCUAUUGCUAACUUCCAAAUUCUGCAAAACCCAACGGCUUUUGACAGACAUUUUUGUAGCGAUUGCUAUAAGGAGCCAAAAGGGGAGAAUAGGAAGUAAAUAGUUGAAUUAUAAAAAUAUGAAGGUAACAAAUCAGAAAGAUUCAGAGAAAAUAAUUUGGGAUCAUAUGAGAAGCCCAUCUGGGAACCACUUUUCCGGACCUGGUUCGCAGACGCGAAUCCUACCUAAGCUCAUGGUUUGGCUGAUCCUAUUCGUUUCACUCACCUAUGUUGCUUACACUCUCAAGCUGGUCGCCACUUCACGAGCCUGCAAUCACGAGCCUUUCUCUACCCAACAUCAUCUCUCAAUCUCUAAUCAUUCUCAGCCCUUGAUUCAAAAUCAAACGGCUUCAAACAUUCCCCUGAGAGGCAGUCAAGAAACCCAUCAGCCGACGGAGAUUCACGACAUAGUUUUUGGCAUCGCUGCCUCGGCAAAGCUGUGGGAAAAGAGGAAGAACUAUAUCAAGAUUUGGUUUAAACCUCAGGAAAUGCGAGGCAUUGUGUGGUUAGAUAAUGCCGUCAAGACUCGUGAAACGAACGGGUUACCCCCGGUUAAAAUCUCCGGCGAUACUUCCAGUUUCGCUUACACGAAUCGCCAGGGCCAUCGGUCAGCGAUACGGAUCUCGAGGAUCGUAUCCGAAACUCUGCGUCUCGGCCUCGAAAAUGUGCGGUGGUUCGUGAUGGGGGACGAUGACACUGUUUUUAUCACGGAGAAUCUGGUUAGAGUGCUGAGGAAGUAUGAUCAUAAUCAGUUUUAUUAUAUCGGGAGCUUAUCGGAGUCCCAUUUGCAAAACAUCUAUUUCUCUUAUGGAAUGGCCUAUGGCGGCGGUGGGUUUGCCAUAAGCUAUCCAUUAGCAAAAGCGCUCAAUAAAAUGCAAGAUAGGUGUAUACAGAGGUAUCCUGGACUGUACGGAUCCGAUGAUAGAAUGCAGGCUUGUAUGGCUGAACUCGGUGUACCACUCACCAAGGAAUCCGGAUUUCACCAGUAUGAUGUGUAUGGAAACCUGUUCGGACUCCUUGCUGCUCAUCCGGUUACACCUUUGGUCUCAUUGCAUCACCUUGAUGUGGUUGAGCCCAUUUUCCCUAAUGUCACUCGAGUUCAAGCACUUCAACAGCUAAUGGUGCCUAUGAAGCUGGACUCUGCAGGGCUAAUGCAACAAUCCAUCUGCUAUGAUAAAUCUAAGAGCUGGACCAUUUCUGUUUCAUGGGGCUUUGCAGUUCAAAUUUUCCGUGGAGUCUUUUCGCCUCGAGAAAUAGAAAUGCCUUCAAGAACAUUUUUGAAUUGGUAUAAAAGGGCAGAUUACACAGCAUAUGCAUUCAACACUCGACCAGUUAGCCGAAACCCUUGCCAAAAACCCUUUGUAUUUUACAUGUCAAAGGCAAGAUUUGAUUCUUCACUGAAUUUAACAGUGACCGAGUAUGCCAGGCAUCGUAUCCCUCACCCUGCAUGCAAGUGGAAGAUGGCUGAUCCUACUAAUCUUGAUAUGGUUGUGGUUUAUAAGAAGCCUGACCCUCACAUGUGGGAUAGAUCUCCAAGAAGAAAGUGUUGCAGGGUGAUCAACUCAAAGAAGAAAGGAAGCAUUACGAUCGAUGUGGGUGUAUGUAGGGAAGGUGAGGUCAGUGAAAUAUAGUGAUAAUUGGAACAGUUUUAGGAUGGUAGCUGCUGCUUCUUCUUCUUCUUCUUCUUCUCUCUCUAAAAUCUUAGUUCGUUAAUUUAUUUCUCUUGUUGCCAAUUUUGCAAGUGUAUUCCACGGUAGAGAUUGACCCAAAAAUCAUUAGAAAGGAAAUAUGUUAAUGUAUAAAAGCCUUUAUUUAUACAUUCUAUACAUGUAGUCUCAUAGGCCCAGCGGUUCUAUAUUA